AAUUAAAUACUCAAAUAUAGUUAAAAAUUUGUAUGAUUCAGCAAAAGAAAAAAGCAAACAUUUAUAGACAACGUAUCCAAGUGCUCACGUUGACAUAACCGACAAUAAUCAGAAGCCAGACCCGCCUUCUUCAAGUACGUCAAUUUUCCAAUAACCAUGAGUGAGUUCAGGACCCCAGAACACUUCAACCGCAUCAGGAAAAGGGUGGGUGGAGGAACACAAAGUCCUCCAGUGUUUAGCAUUCCACCCUCUCCAUGUAUGAAAAGGCUCGGAUAUGGCACAGGUGUAUAUGUUUACCUCAUGGAUAGAUAUUCUCCUCUUCGUGGAUGCUACAGAUCGCCAUGGGCUGUGAAGAAAGUUAACAGGCGAGUACCUCGUUCCUCUGAGUAUGGAGAGCGCAUACGCGCCGAAGCUGAUGUUUUGAAGGGGUUAUGCCAUCCCAACAUAAUUGGAUUCCGUUCCUACACCAAAGAAAUUGACGGAACACCUUGCCUUAUGAUGGAGUGUGGAGAGAAGUCUCUGUUGGAUUUAAUUGAGGAACGCCAAAAUGAGGACUUUGGCCCCUUUGCUGUCAACCAGAUAUUAAAGAUGACUAAAGAUAUAGCUGCUGCUCUCUCUUACCUGCAUGUAGAGAAGAGACUCCUGCAUGGAGAUAUAAAGAGUGCCAACAUUCUUAUCAAAGGGGAGUUUGAAAUGGCCAAGCUGUGUGAUUUUGGAGUGACCUUGAAACUGGAUGAAAACGGGUAUGCUUGUCCAGGUCAGGAAUUUGUCGGGACAGAGUGUUGGUCCCCACCUGAGGUCUUGUUUGGUAAGAAAAUUUCACACAGAUCCGAUAUAUUUUCACUUGGACUUGUUGUGUGGGAGAUGCUGUCGCUGAAUGUUCCUCACGUGGACAAGCUGUUCUUUGAAGACUCCAGUGAAGAGAUCGAAAAUCCAGAAGAGCUCGAGUCCAGGAAAUUGCAGGGGGAACUAGAUUACAGUAAAAGUCUGGGCACAAGACCACCAAUCCCAGAUAUGCUGUCAGAUGAUUAUAUGCCUGUGAUCGAGAUAUACUAUGCAUGCACGGAAGAAGAUGAAUCAUCACGACCAACAGCCCACAAUCUCCUAUGUGCGUUGAAGGUCUGUGAAGAGGCCAAAAUAGUUAAGAAAGAAAAGGUGAUUGAGUUGGAGACCCAGAAGAUUUGUGAGAAAGCAAAAACAAAGGUACACGACGGGACUGAGCUGAAGGCACAGAAUGCUUGUGAAAUGGCCAAGGAAGAUAAUACCAUGGAGUUAGAUACCCGAAAGGACAGUGAAAUGGCAGAAGCAGUCAAGCAAGACGACAUUGAGGAGUUGGAUAAACAAGAAAAGGUUUUAAGGUAGAAUCUUGGCUGAAUGUGCAUUAGUGCUGAAUAGUUCUAAAUAAUGUCUGGCUAAAUGUGCAUUAGUGCCAAGUCUUUCUUCUAAAUUCUGUCUCCUGUUUAUGAAAGUGCAGCUCUAUAUUGUAGGGCAUGAACAUGUUUUUUAAUCUUUUGUUGCUUAUAUAUAUUUAAUGUAAUACUGUAAUUUACAUAAAAGGUUUUGUUCACACUAAUAAAGUCAGUAUUUUACUUUA